AGUAUCUCUAUGGGCGCUGAGCGAAAAAAGAUAGACUUCCGGUUUGGACCGGAAGUGGAGCCGUGCUUCUCCUUUCCCUUCUGAGGAGGCUUCUAAGGAGAAACUGAAGCCUUGGUUUCGUCGCUUCUCUAGUUGAGGGAAGCCAAUCUAAUGAGCCUGGCUCCGUAUUACAGCUCUCUAGGCUCUGGAUGGUUGGGUCCUGGAGGCCUUUGGGGGCUUCCCAGAAGAAAUGAGAAAGGAAUAAACAGGAAGCUCGGCUGUGGGAGCCCUGUGAGGCGGUCAUUUUGAGAGUCCUGCGAGACAGCCAUUUGGGGAGCCCUGUGAGGCGGCCAUUUUGGGAGUGCCUCCAUUGCCAGCCAUGGAUCCCCAUCCCUUGCUGGCCUCCCUGAGACUCCCUCCACUGGAGGACCCACAAUGCCUAGAAGGCACCCCAGUAGAGCAGGUCCUCUCCCAGUUCCUCCAUCUCUUUGCCACUGGGGCACCUACCAAGGCCUCCCUGGUCCAGGAUCUUGGUGCCAUCCUGGAGGCGGCCGACUGCCGGUGGCUGCUGAGAGAUGGCCCCGAUUACGCCUCCUUCGGCCUCCUGGGCAAAGCACUGUGCCAAUAUGCAGCACCCUCGCAGCAAGGAGACCCUUCCUGUGGUGACCGAGGAGCAGCCGCCAUCCCGGUCUUCUGCAGCAUCCUGAACAAAGCGGACGAGGCAAAAGGCACAGAAGGACUGGGCGUCCAAGUUGCCAACGCAAUUCUGCACCAAAUGGCUGGGCCAGUAUUCGUAUUUGCUGUCACCCACAUUGUGGAGCAGCCCUGGAGCAACCCAAGGACUCGGCCUAAAGCCCAGGAGGUGUUGCAGGGUCUUCUUCGCGUCUCAGGUUGCCAGUCAGUCCCUGAGUUCCUCAGAGGCGCCCAUGAUGGUCAAGAGGGAUGGUUUGUGGAGGUGAUGCAGUACCUGAAGCCGGAACUGACCAAAGAAACAUGGCAGCGCAACCCAGCAACAAAAUAUGUCUUUGCUUCAGUGCUCCAGCAGAUCACAAGGCCCUGGCUCAGCCAGCACUUGGAAAACGUUUUGCCCCCUUCAUUGCUGCUGUCGGAUGACUAUCGUGUGGAGAACAAAAUCCUGGGAGUACAGUGCCUACACCACAUCAUUCGGAAUGUGCCAGCAGCUGACCUCUGCCAGUUCAACAGGGUACAAGUUGUGAAUCAUGCCCUCUCUAUCCAUCUCUACAGCAAGGAAGCUCAAGUCAUGCAGAUUGUGUUGCUAUGCAUUUUGGAUUUGCUGCCAAUCCUGGAGAAGGCUUCAUUGAGACAGUCUAAUGAUCCUCCACUCGUUACUCCUUCUGAUGAGGUGCUUCAGCUUGUACUGACACAUAUGGAAGCAGAACACCAGCUGUCCUUACGGAGGGUGUAUGCCAGGAGCCUACCCACUUUUGUAGAAAGGCUUGGCGUUCAGAUUACCCGACAUCUGAAAAGGCUACAGCGAGUGAUUGUGGAGUAUCUGGAGAUCUCUGAUGGACCUGAGGAAACUGCUAGAUUGGCAAUAUUGGAUACUUUAAAAUGCACCAUACAGCAUGCCUGGCCCAGAAUGACCUAUCAUCUCAGUGUGCUCCUCAAGGCUUUGCUGAGAAUGAUGUGGGAUGUGACUACAGACAGGAGUUCAACACCUGAACCAGUAAAAGAAGAGUUGCUCCAGAGAGCCACUGAAUGUCUUCUCUUGCUGGAUCACUCUACUUCUGGCCAGGUGAAGGUUCUAUUGCAAGGAGUCUAUCAGCACUGUCAAAAUGAUCACCUCAAGGAGUACCUGAAGAAAGUACAAGUGGAGCCCGCAGAAAUUCUGUCUCCUGGGUAGCUCAGUAAAGCUGCUUAGCAAAGACUAUUUAAGGUUGGAAGAGCAACUUUCUCAUUCUACAAAAUUCCAGUCUAAUUCCACGUAUGAUCAUCCUGCUGCAAUCAGAACUGCUUAUGAUGGGAAAGAAAGAGUAAAUGGGAAUGUCAAACUUGUUCAAUUAUUAAUAUACCAAUUUUAUACCAAAAGAAAAGUCUCAAAAGUGAUUUAGA